CACCAGCACCAACGCCAGCGCCAGCACCAGCGGUAGAAGGCUGAAGUGUCCAGCUAAGAAGCCCUAGAAGGAUGGGAGCCUCCUUUUCAGAGCCCAUCACUACCCCUUGCAGACAAGAUGAUGUCUGUCUGUUCCAUCUCUCACGCCAUGCUGUCUACUGCGAUGACCGUUGGCUGUUACGGCCGCAACCUGUCCCUCCGCUUCGUCCCCUCUUCUAAACUAACUAUUAACUAUCUAUCUAUCCUACGUAGCCUGUGUUACUACUGCCUGCCUACCUACCUGCCAGCUCUCUGUUCAACGAGCGUUGAGGGGGGCCUAACGGUGACAUAUUUCGGCGCGGCGGCGCGCCGACUAGCCAUUAGGACAAAACAACACAGCAUUCACACCGCAACCAUGGAAGGGACGUUUUGUCAUGAUGCUGAGCGGAUUGCGUCUCUGUUUCGCGCGAUGGCUGGCGAUACGAACGGCGAUUGCAUGGCAUGGUCUGGUCUAUCUGAAACAGCUCUCUACCUAGGUACUCUGUCGUUUCCCCGCCCUCCCUUACUUGUCUCUCUACCAGUGGUUGAAGACCCAUCGCCAUGUCACGCAGCACAAGUCUAGCAACCAGAAUGAGGCUUUUCAUCAUCAUCAUCAGACAUACCGAAGACCGGUACAUCGACAGCGUCUGCCGGCGCUAGAAAAACCGGUGACCGUACAAGACCGCGUCCUGGAUGCUUCUAACCGUUUGAUAUAGCUCUCUCUAAUUACCAGGACUCAGGCUUAGAACAGGCAAACAUGCAUAUGCACUGUCACCGCCCACUCCGUCCACCCUAUCCACUAUGUCCAAUGCUAGUUAUC